AUGUCACAAGGUGAAAAUGUUCUUCCGAGUUUCAAUAAUUCAUACAGAGAAACCGCGGUAUCGGAAGACGACAAUGACGAUGAUGAUGUUGUUGAUGAUGAUGAUGAUGAUGAUGUUGAAAAUGAAGGAGGAGCAAAUUCAUCGUCUAGAAGAUUUUGGUUGCAUGCUGAAGACGAGGUCCUUGUGAAGGCUUGGCUUGAGGUUAGUUGUAAUAAGAAAACUAACACCAAACAAAAGGGGGCUGUAUUUUGGGGUAAAAUUGAAAAAAUGUUUGAUAAUGUUAGAUUAUAUAAAGAAAAGUUAUAUAAUGAAGGGGUUAUAAAAAGUGAUUUGUUGAAGGUAAGAAAUUUAGAGCAACUUAGAAGUCGAUGGAAAAGGGUAGCAGCUUCAUGCGCCAAAUUUUCUGGAGCAUAUGCAAUGGCUGUAGAAAGGAGGGCAAGUGGAUGGGAGCCAGUUGAAAAUAUUGUCGAUACAUGUAAGAAAAAUACAUCAAACCAAGGAAACAACUCAAAGAGAUCACGGAUCAAUGAAGCUGGUAACUACUCGUCUUCAACAAACCCGGAUACACCAACCAGUGGUGAUAUUGGGUGUUUUGGGUUCCCCUUAAGUGACAGAUCUUGCAAAAAUAAAGGUAAGAACAAAGUGAUGAAUGUUCCUUCAGAGUCAUUUCAACAAUGGUUGGAUGUUGUGGAAAACAUGAACAUUACAAGGCAAUCUGAAACUGAGAUGGAAAGAGAAAGAUUGAAAUAUGAAAGAGAAAGAGAGGUUGAAAAGACUCAAUUGGAAAGAGAGAAAGAAGCACGAAAGCAACGAAAAAUCAAUAUGGAGUUAUUCAAGAUACUUGAAGCCAAACCGUACUUGUCGGAAGAAGAUCAAGAACGCCGUAACAAUUUAGCGAGGAUAUUAUUCCCAUGA